AUGGAUUAUACAAUGAAAAAAAUUAGUAAAAAUAUAAUCUCAUUGACUCAAAGUGAUUCUGAUUCCGAUGGUUCAAAAUGGGUGGAAAGUAAGAAAUUACUAGCUCGCAAGAUUUUCUAUCAAGAUCAAGCAAAGGUGAUUGUUGUGGUUUCGAAGAGUGGUCUUACAGACAUAUUAAGUGAUCAGGUGUCAAGUUUUCGUGACUCUAUUAAAUACAGUAAUGAUUUAUCAAUCACAUCGUUAAAAUUUGAUAAUAUCGACUAUUAUAUAACGUUAAUGGAAAACGUACCCGAAGAAAUUAUUGAUGAUUUAGUAAACAGUCAAGAAUUCAUAUGGGGCAAUUUGUGGUUAUUCCGCAUAAAUAAAACGGAAUGGAAUUUGAAUGAUAAUUUAAUUAAUGAGAUUAGAUGUGUAUUAUCAAAAAGCACUUUUUUAGAAACGCCCAACAUUAGUAGUGAAUUAUUAGCAAGUACAUCUGAUGGCUGUGAAUUGUUAUGGUUCAAUCCAAGUUCGAAUGAAGUUUGA